AUGAUAUGCCCGUUCAUGCUCACUGCGGACGGCCAUGAGAACCAGUUCGGCACCAAUCACGUGGGUGAGUGCAGGGAGGCAACCACGUGGGUGAGUGCAGGGGAACAGCAACCACGUGGGCUGAUCGCACCACACCUCCACUGCCUCCCUCUCCCCCUUUCUUCCGUCCCCUCCGCCCCCCCUCCCCCCCUCUUCCCUUCCAUCCCCUUCCCCCCUUCCUCCGCACACAUCCCCCACCCAAUUGCAUCGCACGUCGUACCCCCUUUAGGCCACUUCCUACUGACCAACCUGCUGCUGCCGAAGCUCAAGGAAACCGCCAAGCAGGAGGGCGCAGAGGCGCGCAUCGUGAUCGUGUCCUCCGCCGCCUACCAGUUCCCGUACCCGGAGGCAAUCUCCGUUCUACUCACCAACACCCUCCCUCACCCUCCUUCUUCCCCUCUCUCCCCUUCCUGUCUCUCCCUUUAUGCAUGCGAGCAGGAGGAGGGUGCAGGAGUGACAGUGAAUGCAUUGCACCCGGGGGUGAUUGACACCAACCCCUCACGCCACAUAGUGCCGCCAGGGACCAUCUGGCACACCCUCGGACGUAUGGUGUUCCAGCCUGGUGUUCCAGUGGGUGCAGCCACGUCAUGCUUCCUUGCAGCGCACCCCUCAGUGGCGGGUGCGAGUGGGGGCUACUACGCAGACUCGCGGGCAGCAGAGGGCAAGGCCACAGCGCUGAGCAAGGACAUGGAGCUGGCUGGGAAGCUGUGGGAGCUCAGUGAGCAGGUGGCCAGCAAGCAGUGA